CAAAAUCCCGGGAUCGCACCUGCCUUACUUACAUCAGGUCAAAGGUCAAAUCACCUGGCCGCAAUGCAUCAUGGGAAUAAGGAAAUAGUAAACGGCCAUGUUGAAAGCGUAACUGAAUAUUUUUAGUAAAAGUUAGUUUUAAGCGUGUAAAGGUAAUCAAAAUGGCAAAUAUGUUAUACACACUGAUACCUACGAUUCUUCUUGUAACUGUAUAUGGGCAAGAUGAUAUAGUACUGAUUGAAGGACCACGAGACAGAGCUGUGUUAUCUGGACAAAAUGCUGAACUCACAUGUCACAUUAACACAAUAGCAUCUGGGACUCAUGUUGUACAAUGGCUUGGUAACUCUCUUCGAACUGGAACAGGAAAGCAGUUAACUUUCAAUGAUAGAGUAACAGCUACUGAUAUACCAGACAAAUUUUCAGUUUCUACAGAAAAGCCUUAUAAUUUAGGACUCCGAAGUACUGAUUUAAAUGAUGCAGGGAAAUAUUCUUGUAACAAUGUAGUAAAAGGUCAACCUAUUGGGGGUUUGGAGCCACAACUUGUAGUUUUAAAGCCAGGAGAAUGUCCUAUGUCAGGGACUGUAACUUUCAAUCAGAAUGACACCAUCACAUAUGAGUGGUCAGUCACAUACGCAGGAGAGCGAGAUGACAGCCAAAAACCAACCAUAACAUGGACACUAAAUGGUAUUGAACAAACAGCAACAGCAGAUGAGACUACCCUUGGAGUGUACAAGUCAACAUUUACAAAGGCAGCAUCUAGUGUUGAUAACCAAAAAGAACUAAAUUGUUCAUUUACUGUCUUGAAUGUCCAGGAACAUUGUUCAGCCAGGCUGAAUAUUCAAUAUCCUGCCAGAAAGCCAGCUUUAUUUGUUGAUGGAAAUAAUCUCCCAGACCAGGGCAUCUAUCAACGCACUAUUGG